GAAGAAGAAGAAGAAGAAGAAGAAGAAGAAGAUGGAAAAGGAAGAAGAUGAUGAUGAUUUCAUUUCGCAUCAGCUGUAGCAUAGAUAUUAGAGAAAAGCCUAUCUGGCUGUAGGCCAGACAAACCUAAUCACACUGAUAACCUUAUUUUUGUGAUCUUUUUGUUUUCAUCCCUCACAGUAGGUUGUGGCAAUUCACCUUUUGGAGUGUCGUCUGCCAAUAAACAUUGAAGGGGAAGAAGAAGAAGAAGAAGAUAAAGAUGAUGAUGAUUUCAUUUGGCCUCAGCUGAUGCAGAGAUAUUACAGAAAUGUAUCUCUGGCUGUAGGACGAUCACUGUAUCUACAUGAAGAUGAUUGACGAUUUCGAGAGUCAUAAGGCCCGGUCCAGCAGAGAUCUGUGGUCAGAGAUCUGCUGGAGCCUGCCUGACGUGCAGGUGGAGGAGGAAGAUCAAGGCCGAGGAGAGGAUAAUGCUGCUCUGUUCAAAGAUUCAUUCCAACCUUCACAUGUUGGCAAUGACCUGCAAUCUAAUGGCAUGUCUAUGAGUUUCUCCUCUCACAGCGUCUGGGAACCUAUGGAAGACUCGGAUGUCUACAUUGCUAGUUUAGAGAAUCGUCUGAAGAGAAUAAAGGGCCAGUGUACUGAGGUGACAUCCAGGGAGAUGCUGCGCUCCCUAUCUCAGGCCAAAACAGAAUGCUGGGAUAGAUUCUUGCACGACGCUCAGAGCUCGGAAAUCUUUCAGGAGGACGAGCUAGAUCAGAGUACCCUGGAGCAUCUAAAGCGUUGGCUGGUACCUGAGAAAGUGGCCAUCAGCGCUGAGGAGCUGGAGUGUCUCCUCCUGCCGUCACUGAGCCGAGAGCAGACCUCCACGGACCAAUCACAGAGCAGAUCAGAGGCAGCCGCUCAGAACCACGAAGAGGACAAGAGUCCCAUACCUGAGAAAUAGCUUCCUGUUCACCGCAGACAUUUUUGUACGUUAUCAUGUGUUAUUCAUGUUCAGAAACAUGAUUGAAUUUCCUGUACUGUCAUUAUUAGGUUAUGUGUAUUUGUCUUUAUUAUUGAGGAGAAAGAAUUCGGUGACAUAUGGUUGCAAAUAUUGGAUCGGUCCAUUUUUUUGUCAUGUUACUCCCAUCAAAUGUUGUUGAUUUUAUGAUAUGGUUAGAAUAAAAAGCGGUUAAUUGUUGGGGUAAUAUCCCGAAAACCACA